AUGCAAGAAGUAAGACAUAACAUGAGAGACCGUAAAAUAGCUAUAUAUUUGUAUAUUCUCUGUAUGAAACUACAUGAGUAUACACGAGACUUUAUAUCACUAGAGAUGCCCUAUAUUCUGGAAGCAGAAAGUGAAACUGCCACUAGAGGAAGUGAUGCCCCUGUUCUAUGGUGCAAUACUUGCCAUACCAUCCAUUCCAGUAAUGACAGCUGUACAUUACGGAACCUAAGCGUGUCAUACAAAAAAGAAAUCAGAUUUAAAGAAAUAAAGCAAUUAGAAUUAGACGGUGCAUUUCAAAGAGUCUGUAUAAAAAUAAAACUUACUUCAGGAUGGACUCGGAGAUUUAUCGUGUCGUAUCAUAACAAGGUCAACCGUAUUUCACGGAAUCUUGACGUGAAAUACAGACAAGAGCUGCUAGUACACCACGGAACCUUGACGUGCAUCUACUAG